GGCGCGCGGGAGAGGCCACCAAGGAGGCGCUUGCGUCUCUCGACAGGAGGAUGAGCGCAGUGACGAGCCUGCUGCUUCGUUUGGUGGCCGCGUGCGACUGGAGCUGCGGGGAUGCCACCCAGCAGAUCAGACUCGAGAGUCGACGACUACAGAGCCUGGACACGAGCGUGCGGCUCCUCCCUUUGUCGCCCGACAUCUCGAAGCAAGAUUCCACGGACGAGGAUGAUGUUGCUGCUGCGGCUGCUGCGGCUGCUGCCUUGAACGGACGACUCUUCCCAGAGGACUGCGCUGACAUCUACAAGCAGAAGAUCAAGGAGAGCGGCGUCUACACCAUUCAGCCUGCGUCUGCCCAGGUGCCCUUCGAGGCGUUCUGCGACAUGGACACGGACGGCGGCGGCUGGACCGUCUUCCAGCGCCGGCGCGACGGCUCGCGGGACUUCAACCGCACGUGGGCCGAGUACAAGCGCGGCUUCGGCGAGGUGGGCGGCGAGCACUGGCUAGGCAACGAUCGGCUGCACCAGCUGACGUCAUCGUCGUCGUUCACGCUGCGCGUGGAGCUCGAGGACUGGCACGGCGUGCGGCGCCACGCGCUCUACGCGCACUUCCACGUCGCGUCCGAGCGCGAGCGCUACCGCCUGACGGCGCGCGGCUACCGCGGCGACGCGGGCAACGCGCUCAGCUACAGCCGCGGCUACAACCACGACGGGAGGCCCUUCUCGACGCCCGACCGCGACAACGACGCCUACGCGGCGGGGAACUGCGCCGCCUACUACGCCUCGGGCUGGUGGUUCGACUCCUGCCUGGCCGCCAACCUCAACGGGCGCUACCACCGCGGGGGCUACCGAGGCCGAGUCACCGACGGCAUCUACUGGGGCACGUGGUACAUCCUGAGCGACUACCGCACCGGGCGCAAGUACUCGUUCCGCUCCGUCGAGAUGAAGGUCCGCCCGGCGCGCUUCUGAAGCGCGCGCUGCCGGGGGUGGGUUGGGCGGAUCGGAGAGAGGGUGAAUUGGAUGGUGAGGUCGAUGAUGACGAUGGUGGUGAUGAUACUCAAAACGAACUAAGCUAGUUUUAAAUUUAUAAGGCCCACUGAGCUAUGUGGUGGGGUAAAGUGUGGAUGGUCCCAGCUCUCCCAAGGCAUCUGGAAGAGUAGGCCAACGAAACUGCCACAGAGGGGCUCUGUUGAACUCUCGCUCGUGGAGGCCCUUCUGCCAGCAGUGGCCUUAGCAUGUGAGCGCAGGACAGUAGAUUUAUCGUUCAACUAUUAUGCCGCACAAUAAUGUCG